CUACAGCUCUCUGGCUCUCUCUCUUCCUUCCCUCCUUGCUGCUUUCCCUCAGUCUCACCAUCUCUGCAUCUCUCUCCGUCGUGCGCGCAUCACAGUGUAACCAAGAGACACACACUAGAGAGACGGAGGAGGGGAUAAACACACUGGCCACCACAGCAGCAUCGGAACAAACACAGCAAAACACUCUCUGGAUUCUGUCACCUUACCCUCAGAAUGGCAGAAGGCACUGUGACGGUGGCUGAGGUGGAGACAGCAUUCCAGAAGUUUGCCGUCCAUGGAGACACUAAGGCGACUGGCAAGGAGAUGACUGGGAAGAACUUUGUCAAGCUGUGCAAAGACUGCAAGGUCAUCGAUGGGAAAAAUGUCACUAGCACAGAUGUGGACAUCGUCUUCAGCAAAGUGAAGGCGAAGACUGCUCGUGUGAUCACGUUUGAGCAGUUCAAGCAGGCAAUGACGGAGUUGGCUCCGAAGCGCUUUAAGGGGAAGGGACAGGAAGAGGCCCUGCAGCUAGUCUAUGGCCUCAUCGCAGGCAAGGAACCCACCAACGUAGGCGUGACGAAAGUAGCUAAAGCAGCGGCAGUGGACCGGCUGACAGACACUACUAAGUUCACAGGCUCCCACAAAGAGCGCUUCGACGAGUCCGGCAAGGGGAAGGGGAAAGUGGGCCGAGAGGACGUCCCUGACGGCAGCGGCUACGUGGGGGCAUACAAGGGCCAGGGGAGCUACGAUAGCAAGGUCAAACAGGACGAAUGAGGGGCAGGGGAAGAGGGAACAGGAGAGCAGGAUAGGAGAGGUAAGGGAAGGGUAGGUGAGGGAUGAGAAGAGAAGAGAAGAGAGGAGAGGAGAGGAGAAGAGAAAAGCAGUGUUGUGACAGAGAGAAUUUAGACGAGGAGAGGAGAAGAGAGAAGAGAAAGAGGUCACAGAUUGUAUACAUUUGAUGAUUAUAUGCAUUUGAGCAAAUGUUACGUUGAUAUACUCUAUGUGUGUAUACUGGAGCUAUGAAGAAGGCUCUGUAUGAUGCAUUUCCACAGAUCACAACCAGCACUAACUACUAACCACACCAACCUCAUUCAUCUCCCCCCCCCCCCCCUACUCUCUAACAACAGUGGAGCUUUUUAAACGCUAGAGUUAGUCUCUCUUUCACCUCAGAUGCUUGUAUUAAAAGUCCCCUUGGCUGUAUCUAUCCCUGUGCCUUAGCUACUGAAUGCAAUUCAUGCGAAAUGCCUUAUUCUCCAGUAAGAACCCCCUUAACUGUCCCCCAACUAUCACUGUCUGUAUCAAUGUAUGUAUGACUGCUUGACUGGUACACUGAGAUAAUGAGUGAUAAAUCAUAGUAAUAUUUAGUAAUAAAAUGAAAGACAGAAAAGGUCAGCUAAGCAGAUGAAGGAAUGGAUAAGGACAGCGCCUUGAGUGGUUGAUGAACUGGGGGCUCAAGAGGACUGAGAGUUAGAUGGCACUGCUUUCUCUCGUCUCCUCUCCUCCCCCCUCUCUCUCUCCCGCUCUCUCUCUCUCUCUCUCUCUCUCUUUUCCUUUUCAUCCUCCCUCCAUCUCUCAUAUGUGAAAGUGAUUGUUCAUUCGUCUGAGUGUGUGAGGGUGCUCUGUCUUGUUUUGGAGUGUCGGGUGCUGCCAUCUCUUACUGAAAUGUGUGGAUAAAAAGUCCUAAAUAAAGUGCUUGCAGGGAAAAGUA